AGUGAUGCUCUACCUUCUCCUCGCCAUUUCAGCCGCACAGUUCUACAGAUCAAGGAAGAAAAAGCAAACCAGUCUAGUAGGGCACUGCACUACACAGGAGCUGGCAAAUAUAGAGUCAGGUGAUGUGGACCAAGUCUCUGUUUCAACACCGACAAAACAAAAGAAAACAAACCGACGAAGGAAAGAAGACCACAUUUUUGAAGGAGAGCUGGCUACAACAAGACCCCUACCAGAGCUCCCUCCCUCUCCGUCUCCUCCCCCACCAGUGAAUCUGGUUCAUCAACUGCAGAAGGAGCUAGUACUUAAGAACAUGCUCUACCUGAAACACCAGUUGCAU